UGGGAGUGAAAAAGGUAAAAAACCAGUCUGAAGAACCCUUUCUCAAGCCCUCCGCCAUUGCACUCUCUGAGUCUUCUUCCUCUUUUCACCUAAUCCGUUAAAUUCAGGAAAUCCGAAAAUGAAAAACUUUUUGCGAUUAGAUUUCAGUUUGAAAUUUCUUCAUUCUGAAGAAUUGAUGUAGAAAUCAGUUGUACGAAUUUUGUAUUGAUUUUUCCUUCUGGCUUUGCAUGAUCAGCCUGUCUUAGGUAAGUUACUGUUAUUCCCAUUUCUUCAUGCUUCUUAAUUUUGUUGUCAAUGUUUUGAAGGGCGUUAAGAAAUUUUAGAAUCCUUUUCUUGUUAUUUGCAGAUUCUGGAAUCCGUUUGGUUUAAUUUGGGCAUUUAUUUUCGUCCCAUUUUUUUUUUUAUAGAAAUUGAUAUCGUUUUUGUCAUGCGAUUUCCAUCGAGCUUGGAAUCUGCUGUGUCCGAAAGAGAUAAAGAUAAAGUUCUGAAAAAUUCUAGGAGUAAGAAAAAACACAAGAGAUUGGAUGCCAUAUGUGAGAAUGUUUAUACUAGGAAUCAUAAUAAUGCGGUUGAGAAGGAAGAAAUGAGUGUAGCUAAUGUGGAAGAAAAUGAGAAUGACCGUCGCCGGAGCACUAGGGUUCGGAGAGCUCCGGAGGUACUGGAUGCUUCCCCCCUUCCUCCGAAGAAGCGAAGGAAAAUGGAUAAGAGGAGAGGGCUGAGUGGUGUGGCUAAGGGAAAGAGAGUGACUGGGGUGAAAAGUGAGGACUUAUGCUCUAUUUCGGAGGGGAGGGAGGAGAGUUUGAGUCGGUGGAGGUCACGGUUGAGAACUAAGGUUAAGGGUAAACAUGCGAGGUUUGGAGGGGGGGCGAAGGGAACAUAUUCACCAAGCAGUAAGAAGAAACUAUUCGAGGGUACUCAUGAAUUGAAGGAAGAAACUGUGAUGGAAAUUCGGCAAAGUGAUAAUGAAGAUGAGUGUGUUGGUGGAACAUCAUCUGAUGGGAAGUCCAAAAUGCUAGGGGAGGAAAAGGUGGCAUUUAGAAUCCAGAGAAGUGGUAACGAAGAGGAAUCUGUAGGUCGGAGGUCAUCUGCUGCAAAAUCUAAAAAACUAGGUAGUGCUAAGGUUUUAAGUAGUUUAGAGAAAGAGAAUAAAGAAACUGACCUGCCUGAUGCCCCAAGGGAAGAAGAAGUGGAUGAAGACUUUGAUUUGGGGUCAAGUGAGGGGAAUGCUUUGGUUCUGAAGGGUGGAACUGAUUGUGUUAAUGAUGAUGCAAAGGAUGACUUUGGAACUUCCGAGGUUGUUGAGAAAGAGGAAACAGAAACCCAAGGUUGUUCACCUUCAGACGAAUACCCUUGCAAUGAAGACAGUGAGAUGCUGCUCGAUAAACAAACAUCUGGUACUGUAGAACGCCCCAUUGAUACUGUGGAAGUUGAUGGUGCCAUAGAAGACUCAGCAAAAGUUGGUGAACAUCCUGUUGGUGCUGCAGAAGGCAAUGAUGUUGCAGAAGAUCAAUCAAAAGUUGAUGAACUUCCUAAUGGAGCUCCUCAAGGGGUAUCCAUUGAGAAGUUGGAUAGGAAACCAGAUGCUACAUAUAGAACACAUAGGCCAAUUCGGAUCAAAGAGGGGAGGCGCUGUGGUUUGUGUGGGGGAGGUACUGACGGAAAACCCCCGAAAAAGCUUGUUCAUUAUGGCUGCGGUAGUGAUGAUGAAGCAUGUAGUGGUGAUUCUGCUUCUGAUGAACCUAACUAUGAUGUAUGGGAUGGAUUUGGAGAUGAACCUAACUGGCUUGGACGGCUAUUGGGACCUGUUAAUGAUAGAUUUGGUAUAGCUGGCAUAUGGGUUCAUCAACAAUGUGCUGUAUGGAGUCCCGAGGUUUAUUUUGCUGGCUUGGGGUGCUUGAAAAAUGUUAGAGCAGCACUUUACAGGGGAAGAGUUUUGAAAUGCAGCCGCUGUGGAAGGCCAGGGGCGACAAUUGGUUGCCGAGUUGAUCGGUGCCCAAAAACUUAUCACCUGCCAUGUGCACGUGACACUGGCAGCAUCUUUGAUCAUCGUAAGUUUCUCAUCGCCUGCGCAGAUCACCGCCAUAUCUUCCAGCCCGAGGGGAGUCAAUAUUUACACCGCCUAAAGAAAAUGAAGCUCAAAAAAAUGAAGUUGGAAAUCAGGAAAGUUUCUAAUGAUGCACUGCGUAAAGAUGUUGAAGCAGAAGAAAAAUGGCUAGAGCACUGUGGGGAGGAUGAAGAGUUCCUGAAGCGUGAGAGCAAGAGACUUCAUAGAGAUUUGUUGCGGAUUGCACCAACAUACAUUGGCGGUUCAGGCUCCGACUCCAGUACUGAAAUGCAGUUUCAGGGUUGGGAGUCUGUUGCUGGUCUUCAGGAUGUCAUACAAUGCAUGAAGGAAGUUGUCAUUCUACCACUUCUGUAUCCUGAGUUUUUUAGUAACCUGGGGAUUACGCCUCCCAGGGGAGUUCUGUUGCAUGGAUAUCCGGGAACGGGGAAAACUUUGGUUGUGCGUGCAUUAAUUGGUUCAUGUGCUCAUGGGGACAGAAGAAUAGCAUAUUUUGCUCGUAAAGGUGCAGAUUGUUUGGGCAAAUACGUUGGUGAUGCCGAGCGCCAGUUGAGGCUUCUUUUUCAAGUUGCUGAGAAAUCUCAGCCUUCAAUAAUUUUCUUUGACGAGAUAGACGGCUUGGCCCCUUCUCGCUCCAGACAACAAGACCAGACACACAGUUCAGUGGUUUCUACUUUGCUUGCUCUAAUGGAUGGGUUGAAAUCUCGAGGUUCGGUUGUUGUCAUAGGUGCAACAAAUCGGCCGGAUGCCAUUGAUCCUGCUUUAAGGCGGCCCGGACGGUUUGAUCGUGAGAUUUAUUUUCCACUACCAUCAGUGAAGGACAGAGAAGCUAUUCUAUCUCUCCACACACGUAAGUGGCCGAAACAAAUUAGCGGAUCAGUACUGAAAUGGGUAGCAAGGAGAACAGUGGGAUUUGCUGGGGCUGAUCUUCAGGCUCUUUGCACACAAGCAGCCAUUAUUGCUUUAAGGAGGAACUUCCCUUUACAGGAACUUCUAGCUGGUGCUGGAGGGGAUGCCCUUCUAUGUAAACGCCCACCUCUUCCGUCAUUCACUGUUGAAGAGAAAGAUUGGUUAGAUGCUCUUUCAUUGGCACCACCUCCAUGCUCUCUUCGAGAAGCUGGAAAUGCUGCAAAUGAUGUAAUAUCCUCGCCCCUUCCUGUGCAUCUCGUUCCUUGUCUUCUACCUCCUCUGUCCAAGUUGAUUGUCUCCCUUUAUUUGGAGGAACGAAUAUGGUUGCCACCACCUCUUCAUAAAGUGGCUACUUUAAUAAAGAAUGUAAUUGUUUCUGCUCUAGUUGAAAGAGCGGUCGUGGAUGAUAAAUGGUGGUCCCAUCUUCCUGAUUUGCUUCGAGAAGAUGAUAUUCUUAAAAAGAUUGAGGAUAAACUCUCGCGAACUACCAUUUUAACAGAUGCUUUUGGCAGCUUUGAUCCUAUGGAAGAUGUUGGUGAUGACCGAUGCUCAAGUUUUAAACCUUCAAGGUUGCAGCGCGUUGGUGUUCUCUCUGGUAUCUCGAAUUCCAUUUCCUUAGAAUCAGGUGUCAAGUCAGGAUAUCGGAUAUUGGUUUCCGGAGAAGCAAGAUCUGGGCAGAGGCAUCUUUCUUCGUGUCUGCUUCAUUGUUUUUCUGGAAAUAUUGAGAUACGUAAGCUUGAUUUGGCUACUUUAUUUCAAGAAGGCCGCGGAGAUGUUCUUCAGGGUCUAACAGCAAUCUUGAUGAGAAGUGUCAGUGUGGGUUCGUGCUUGAUCUUUUUGCCUAGGAUUGAUUUAUGGGCCCUGGAGACAUGCAGUCAGCCGUGUGAGGAAUCACAAUGUUCUCCGAGCAACACUGCAACUGAAGAGUUUUCCCAGAGUUCAGAGUCUCAGGCGGCUGAGAAAAUAGUUACAUAUCUGUGGAAUUCAUUUGUUGAGCAGGUUGAAUCCAUAAGCGUCCAGACACCUUUGAUGAUUAUGGCCACAACGGAAGUUCCAUUGCUGGAUCUUCCUCUUGGAAUAAAGCAGUUUUUUGGCUGUGAGAUUCUGAAAUGUGGUCUCUUAAAUCCCUCUAAGGAUACUGUGCCCCGUUUCCCAGUGGAGAUUGAUGGGCAUUUGAAUCAUGUUUCAGUAACUGAUACUUCCGCUGAACGGUUAUUGUUGGAUCUAGUUCAGUACUACAUUCAUUUUCUUCGUCUUGAAAUUCAUUCAAACUCAUUAUGUGAUAAGAAGUCGUCUGAUUUUGUGGAACUUUCUGCUGAUGCCAUCAUUAGUAGCUCAGAUCCUGGAUCUACCACUGAAGGUGGAACUGCUCCUGUUACAUCUGUUCCAGUUCACAAUCCUGUCAAAGGGAAAUCCAGUUUGCUUGCUGCCAUAUCCACAUUUGGAUAUCAGAUUUUGAAGUAUCCUCACUUCGCUGAGCUUUGUUGGGUCACGUCGAAGUUGAAGGAAGGUCCCUGCAGUCGUAUAGAUGGACCUUGGAAGGGCUGGCCUUUUAAUUCAUGUAUUGUUCGUCCGCUAAAUUCAAAAGAAGGGUUUGCUGUUACCUCCACUUCCAGUGCUACCAAGAAUAUGGAUAAAUCUAGUGUUGCGAGGGGCCUGAUUGCUGUUGGUUUAUCGGCAUACAGAGGUGAAUACACUUCACUGAGAGCAUUUACAUUGGAUAUUCGGAAAGUCCUGGAGAUUCUUGUUGGGUGUAUUGAUGCUAAAAUUCAGACUGGCAAAGACAAAUAUAAGUUCUUCCGCCUGUUGUCCCAGGUGGCAUAUUUUGAAGAUAUCGUUAUUAGCUGGGCAUAUAGCUUACGGAGCUUAGAGGUGGAUGCUCCUUGCUCAAGCCCUGGGCUAACUCGUACAGGAUCUUUAACCAAUCCUAAUUCUUUUAAGCAAAGUCUUUGUGAUGGUGGUAAGGGAAAAUCCUCUGAUGAGAUUUUGCAUGAACCGGAGAAGCAAGAGCAAAUUUCUAGGGAAGUCAGUGUGAAAGACACUGUUGACCAUCAAGUUGCUGGUUAUGAUACAAAUCAUCAGAACAAGAGCGAAGAGCUUGGAUCUGUACACAAGCAAGCGCCUGUACUCAGGGUCUCAGAUAAUUCUGCUUCUACUUCAGAGAUUCGCAAUCCUCUGUCAAAUGGGAUGAUUUCUGAGGCUUGCAUGCCUGUGGACACUGGGAAUGACACUGAAAUUGGUAGUGGUUCUGAAGGCUGUGAACGUGCUAAUGGGUUCUUACGCCAAGAUUCUUCUGCUUUCGAGGAUGGUGCCCUCGUGAGUGGCAAUAAAUUUGGUAUGGAGCUUAACAAGGAGGACGCUGCUGUGGCCUUGGCCUCAAAUGGUACGGCAAUGGACAAUGGUACCAGGAGUUCUCUAGAAAGUUGUUUAAAGAGUUCUUCUAGACUGCCCAUGUCUUGUAUGUACCUUUGUUGCUCGCGCUGCCUUGUCAACCUUUACAACUUAUUGCUGAAACUCAUCAAUAAUGAAUGGAAGGUGAAAGGAAGCAGUGAGGCAGUUGAAGAUUUUCAUGAUGUUGUUUCCUCUUUGUCUAUUAGUCUUCAAUCAGCAGUGAGGAAAAUGUUUGCAAAAAAUUGUGUCAGCUCUGAGUCUGAUGAGAAGCUGAUGCAAGAGAAAUGCUGCAACAACCAUCAAUGUACUCAAAUGUGCAUAUCCCAGUGUAAAAUCUCAGAGAGAGGACCAGUCGUGCCAAUGGAGUGUAGUAGUCAUUCUACAGGUGAGGAUGGAGCGGCAGAAGGUAAAGUCUUUCCCAACCCCCGGUUUGAUUUCAAUACGAAAUUCUUUUUCAGAGAUGGUGUACUUGUUUCCGGUUUAGACACCGGCGGCAAAGACAGUCUCCACUGUAAAUUUGAGAAACUAUGCCUUUGUUCUCUUGUUGAGUGCAUAGAAUCCAGCUAGGAAUUAUUAGACUGAAAGGCUAACUGUAAGUUGUAUUACUAAUUUGGAUUGUUCUUGUAGCUAGAGAAUUGUAUAAAAAAAUCAAAUUUUGUUUACGAUUAAGUUUGUUCUUGGUUCAUCUCGCGUUGAUAUGUAGUUGCACGUGCAUGUAAUAACUUUUCUCGGAG